GCAGAAUAUCGCGACUCUGCCGCGGAUGUGAAUGGUCCACGACGAUCGGGUCCGUCGCCAGCAGAUAAAACCGGACUUGCGUUCGGUGAGUAACGAGUCUUCGCGCUGCUGUCCCGGCUGCAACUGCAACGAGCCAAUCCGUCUGAAAUCACGAAUUCGUCCGAAAGAGAUCUCCUCGCGAGUGCAUUGUUCGCGAGAGAGGAUCGAUCGUCGAAGAUAAUUCGGAGCAACGAGAGUUGGAUAGGUACGUUGAAAGUGAUCGAGGAAGAGAAAUUGCGAGAGAGUGAACUGAGCGUGGCUUGAAUAGCUGGGAAAUUGAGACGCUGACUGAUUGAUGUAAUAAGUACAGUGAAAGGAAUUGCUUGACGAGUUAUGUUAUUUUGAGGCAGCUUAUGUGCUGAUGUGUGAAUAUGCUCGAGUUGGAGAAAUUGUGACGUCUGAAAAGGUACUCACUACGAGAAAGUUAAAAAUGAGUAUCGCAAAUGGAAUAAAUGGCUCAAACGGGCACGUAGACGGACAUUUGGAGAACAAGAUAAUUAUGUCGUUGUGCGCGAAUUCCUCGGUUCUGGGUCCAUCCAUGGCUUUCGGAUACAGUGGUGUGGCAUUGCAGCCAUUGAUGUCACCUACUAGCGACGUGCAAAUCAACAAAGUUCAAGCAAAUUGGAUUGCAACAGCAACAGCAUUGGGUAUUCCAUUUGGUUGCAUUCUCUCCAGUUACACUAUGAGACGCGGAAGGAAAUUGAGCUUGUUGAUAACGUCUGUCAUAUCAUUCAUUGGCUGGUUCGUCAUUUAUCUCGCUGGAACGUACGAGCAAAUUCUUGUAGGGAGAAUUAUUUCGGGAAUUGCAACAGGCACGGCUUCGGUACCAGCCACCGUUUAUAGCGCGGAAGUUGCUUCUCCGAAAUGGCGAUCGACCAUGGCCACGUGGACCAGUAUAGCCAUUGCCAUCGGUGUUUUAAUUGUUUAUAUUUUCGGCUAUGCUUUCAAGGACAAUUGGCGAAUGGUGGCUCUGAUGUGCGCCUUGUUCCCCCUGGUCUCGGUCGUACUGACCUUGGCCGUCGUCCUAGAAACCCCGAUCUGGUUACGAGACAGAGGUCGUCUAGACGAGGCGUUACAGGUGUUGAAAAAAUUCCACGGCGUCCCGAAAGACGCGGCCCUUCCGCCACACUUGUACCAAGAAUUAAAACCACGUCCACAACAGAAGAAGCAAAAUUUCAUGAAACACAUGCUGAAGAGGAACGCCAUGCUACCCUUCGGCAUCAUGAUCGGCUACUUCUUCUUCCAGCAAUUCUCCGGGAUUUUCGUCGUCGUUUAUUACGCUGUGAACAUUGUACAAAGCGCCGGAGUCACUAUAAAUCCAAAUUUGGGGGCAGUUUUGAUCGGGCUCACCAGGCUGUUAGGGAGCAUAUUAGUGGCGUGUGUGUCGAAGAAAUUAGGAAGGCGAAAACCUUCGAUCGUUUCUGGUGCUGCAAUGACAAUUUUCAUGGGCACGUUGUCUGUGUACUUGCUGAUGAGGGAUAAGGGAUACACGAUAAAUGACGGAGGUCUGAUUCCUGUCAUAUGUAUACUUAUGUACAUUUUUAGCAGCACUCUUGGUUUCCUGGUGAUCCCGUUCGCCAUGGUUGGUGAAGUGUACCCAGCGAAGGUGAAAGAAGUAUUAACGGGACUGACCACGUGCAUUAGUUACAUAUUCAGCUGCAUCACGGUGAAGACGUAUCCAGAUAUGGAGCUCACUAUGGGUAAACAUGGAGUGUUCAUAUUCUUCACGGUGAUAUCGUUGUUGGGUACGAUAUUCGUUGUGUUUUUCUUACCUGAGACUAAGGGGAAGUCGUUGAGAGAAAUUGAAGAUAUGUUCGGCGGGAAGAAGGAGGUCGCCGAUUCGCAGGAGAAAGAGAAGAUGGUGGAUCUGAAGGAUGUUUCUGCAGGAGUGUAGUUACCUGAGGAUUAAUUGGAAUUUCAAAGACAGAAAAACGAAUGACAAGUUAACGAUAAAUUCAAGUUUUUUUUUUUAGAGGUGAAAGGAAAUGAUAAGCUAAAAUAUUUUACAGGAGAAAGGAAGUGACAACAAUAGAUAACAAUAAAUUUGAGCUUUUUUUAUAAAAUAAGUGAUAAGUUAAGGAUUAAUUGGAGAUUCUUAAAUCUGAAAAGAAAUGAUAAGUUCGACGUGAUAAGUUGAUGAUAAAUUUAAGUUUUUUUAAAGGCGAGAAGAAAUGAUAACUUGGUAGCAAAGAAUUAGAAUUUUUCGGAAAAGAAAUGAUAAUUGUAGUAGUAAUAAUAAUAACAAGUUCUUUUAGAAACGAAUUGAUAAGAUAAGAUUAAUUAAUAAAUUCGAAUUUUUUAGAAGCGAGGAGAAAUGAUAUUACGGGAUUGUAAUAUUUAUAAAUUUGAAUAUCAAUGCAACGAGAAGAGAAAAUAUUCUUAACUUUGUUUAAGUUGUUCAAAAAAGUUAGUUGAGAUUUUUAUAAAUUUCUUGCAAAUCUAGCAAUUCUUUACUUAAUUAAUCGUUGUUAAUUAAUGUAUUAGAAUAUAUUGCAAUUACCUGUCAUCUAUAGUCAUUUUCUCUUACAAUCAGUACGAUCUAAGAAUUUAAUCUUUCAAUUAACGUUGAUACCAUUGAUUACUUUCAUACUGUUAAUGCUUUUAUGCUACGUAAUAUGUAGAUAUAACACACGUUCGAAUCUAUAAUACUGUUGAUCGAUAUCUGAAUUAUUACUUAAGAUAAUUAUUAAUCACUUUAAGGGUACAUAAUAGUUACUUUUGAAGGCGUGAUUAUAAUUGAGCCACUUAUUUCGAUUAACUCCAAAAAAAAAAAAAAACUAAAGAAUAGUAAAAAAUAAUAUACAUUCUUUUUCAAAAUUCCUUUCAAAAUUUAAUCAGAAAAUGUACCAGUAUAUGCUUAGAAUAAUCUGAGAUAAAUGAUUAAAAUAUAAUUGUUCAUAAAAAUGAAUGAUAUAUAUUGUAUGUUAUAAUAAAUUAUAUAUAUAUUUUAUAUUACAAUAAAUUAUAUAUUAUAAUUAUAUUAUAAUAAUUCGAAUAUAAGUCAUUUGCAAACAAUUAUAUAAGUAAUUCAUUAUUUCUACGCGAGAAGAAUUUCUGCUAUGUUAAGUCUAAUUAUUAAGAAAAUCCAUUUUAAAUAUAAGAAAUUAAUCAUUGAUCAAAUCAAGUGUUUUGAAAUUAAAAUUUACGAAUGGAAUCAAGCAAUUUGGUUUGGAAGUGGCUCAAUUUGCUUUGUAUCAAAUCCUUUCGUUCAUUAUUUAAUCGUGUCACAAAGUAUUAGAAACUAUAAACGUUAUCACCUUGUUAUUUGCACGUUAGUCUCAAAUAUGUGGAUAUAAGACAGAGCUGUAGCAAUAAGCUUUAUCUGAUAACAAUUACGCGUUUAAAACUAUAAGAGACGUCAAGGUUGACUGACAUGGUUGUUAGUAUUGUGACUGAUUAUUUCUUUUCAAUGAAUUUAAAUGUGAAAUUUUUUAGUGUUAUUUUAUACUUUCACUCGUACGAGAAAUAGAGAGACAAGAAAAGAGGUUAAUGAAAGAAAGGAUCUUCUAAAAGGAAAUAAAAACUCGAAAACAUCGAAGAAAAGAAAAAAAAAAGAGUUUUUUCGUUGAAUACAAACGUUACUCUUUUAGUAACAUUUUUUAUUUAAAAAAUAAAAAUGUAAAAUGCUCGCUUUCUCAGCGAACUUUAUACUUAAUUGUUAUAUUAUAUUAACUUCGUUUUAUGCUGCUUUUAAUUUUUUCUGUAACAGAAGAAAAAGUAUGAAGAAAUAAAUUGGUAGAAGGAGUUAUUUAAUCCCUUCUUUUAUAAUAUCGAAUCACGUUUCUAAUAUGAAUUAUGAUUUCGAUUUGAAAGAACAAAAAGAAUCAUACUACUUUGACUUCGAUUUUUAAAUUUCAAUUCUUUAACCCUCAAAUGCUAUCAUUGGCUUAUGAACUAUAGUAAUUUAUGUAUAUUAAAAUUGAAAUUAUUUCGUUCUAUUUUGUGUUUUACACUUUUUUGUAAUAGAAAUUCGAUAAAAUAAAAACAUCUGUUUUUAACUCAUUAUUGUUUUUCAGUGAAGUUUAAUAAUGUCAAUUACGAGUUAAAUUGAAGAUUAAUAUAAAUUACACUACUUCAUAGAAUUGAAGCAAUCAGUAAAAUUGUCGAUUUUGGAACUGUUAUAACUGUUAGCUUUUGGAAAAU